CUGUCCGCAUCGCAAUCCAACAUGCUUUCAUCCGAAUUCGAAGAAGCAGUUAGCAGCAUCGUAAUUAUCGUUUGCGAAUUAAUGUAUAUGUAUUAUUUGAAUUACUUAUGCGAACAAUCGUACGAUUACUAUAACAAUUUUUCAAUGGGAAUGUAAGCUUUGGAUCACUAAACGGUACUUUGAAUGUGUGCCAAAAGAAAUGUUAUCAAUGGUUUCAGUUUCCACGACAACUGGUACGAAACUACUGUAGCAACCCAAAAGGUGUUGUUGAACAUGAUGUUGAGAACCAACAAGACAUUCUCGUUCAGCAUUUACAAUUAUUAUACCGGCACGGUAGAGGGCUUUUCAGUGGUAUAUUCGUUUAUAAUUAAUAUUAAUUAAUAUUUCGUAUUUGACAAAGGCACAGUAGCCUAUCUAUAAAAAUUAUUUACCUUUCAGCUGGUGAAAACCUCAGUGUCAUAUUUUAUGAUGAUUUCGUCCAUGCAGGAGUAAUACUCUGAUCGAUGAUGACGCAUGAAAGAAAAAAAUAUUCAUUUAAAUAGUAGUCAUCAAAUAGUUCAAUUUCUACACAAGAAACGUGUACUGGCUACUAUCCCAAGUUGCAGGCUGUCAGUUUUGGAAAAAUCUGA